GUAAUAUUUUCUUUAUAACAUAUUUUGACAUUUUUACGAUUGAAUUCGGUAUGUCAUAUAAUUAAUUGUAUAUUAUAUUGUAUAACUAUUAACUAGGCUAUUUACAAAAUACACUAAAUAAGUAUGUACUUAUAAAUUAGAAAAUAUAAUUGAAGAGAAAAAGGGAUUGCAAAGUGUAAACAAUAACCAAGCACACAAAACUAUCAAUUCCGUUAAAAUGCUUUCGUUAUUAGCAAAAUUCAAACCCCAACGAUUGCUUUCACAAGGAAAUUUAUCAAAAUAUGCGAUUAGCCAAACAGAUUUUUCAAAUGAAGUUAAUCCUCAAAAAUCGGAAUUUUUUCCAAUUCCAGAAAAAGACGAAACUGAGAAGGAUAAAUUAUUUUCUCGUUUAGAAAUUGAGGUUAAAAGUGCUGAUCCAGCUGUUUUAAAAAGUUAUUCAUGGUUUGCCACAAAUGCAGCGGAGCAUCUAGGUAUAGAAAUUGGGAAUUGUUGGGCACAACGAAAAGCAAACCAUGAUCGUCUGACUUUAUUGAAAUCUGUUCACAUAUAUAAAAAACAUAGAGUUCAAUACGAAAUUAGAACAUAUUAUCGAUAUAUGACUUUUCAUAAGCUAACAGAAUCAACGUUAGAUACGUUCUUAGAAUAUAUUCAAAGAAAUUUGCCAGAAGGUGUAGGAAUGAAAUGUACAAAAGUUGAAAUUCAAGAAUUGCCAGAUCAUUUAAAAGAACCUCCAAAACAAGCUCAAUCCCAAAUAUAAGUGCGAAAUGUUCAAUACGAACUUAUAAUAUAUUACGUAAAUUUAAAUAAAAACAUUAUUUAAAAAAACGUAUAAAUAAAUGUACAAACAAUGUUUUGUUUUCAUUUAUUUUUUCCCAAAA